GAGGCGAUUCUAGUGUUAGAUGAGAGGGUUUAAAUCAUAGUCAGAGCUCUCUUUCUCUAUCUUUCGGUCUUUGUUUGUCCUGUAGUGUCCCUGACUUCAGCUUCAGGCUUCAAACUGAGAGCACAGAAGAAAGAAGCUGAGAGCACAGAAGCUUUGAGAGUUUCUUCAAGAAAACAAUACCAGGGCACAGGGUUAUCUGGAAACCUCACAAUGGAUGGAUUGAAGACAAAGUGUUGAGUUCUCCCACAGUUGUCUCUGAAUGAUACAGAUGAGUGUUGGAAUGUCGUGGCUGGUGUGGGUAUGGGCCAGUGUGACAGUCCUGCUGAUGUGCGAGGCCACGUUCUAUGAGACCAUACAGCAGCACCUGGCCCCGCCCGGAACCAACAUACAGAUCCUUGGCGGGACAUGUGAAGUGAUCGCGGCACACAGGUGCUGUAACAAGAACAAGAUUGAAGAGAGAUCUCAAACAGUGAAGUGUUCCUGUUUACCGGGGAAAGUGGCAGGAACCACCAGGAAUAAACCCUCCUGUGUUGAUGCCUCCAUAGUGAUUGGGAAGUGGUGGUGUGAGAUGGAGCCCUGUCUGGAGGGAGAGGAAUGCAAGACCCUGCCAGACAACUCUGGCUGGAUGUGCUACUCCGGGAACAAGAUCAAAACCACCAGGAAUACCCACCCAUACACAUCCUUGUAGCAUUUGUAGGCCCUCCGCUGAUGAACUUUGUAAAGGGAAACGUCCAAGAAGAGAAACUAAAUCAUGUUUAUUCCAACUCUAAAACAACAGCCAUUUCUCUUAUGACUUGAUAUACAUAAAGGAGUCCUCUGCUGAUAAGUCUAUCUGCCUGUGAUGCUGAGAAUCAAGGACACCAAACUCUCCAAGAACAUCUUUGUGGGCAAAGAACGCUUUUCUUUUGUUUGUUUUUGUUUGACAACAGUCAAAUAUCUGUUUUUGCCCUGUGAGUCUUGGAUAAUUAAACACGUAUCUCUUUCUGUGGAGUGCACUCAAACCAGCUUUACUUUGCCUGAAAUAUUCUUCAGCUGUAUUAUUAUUGGAUGUUCUUCUUUCUCCAGAAGUGGCUGAACAAGUUAAUUUUCCUGCUGUAUGUAGUGAAACUGGCUUCCUAUUUUAUAAACAAGCAACAUUGUCAUGAGGAAGAUUGACUUUUAUCAAGCAAUGUAAAAGAAGACACUUUGUACUGGCCAGAAUGCUGAGGAGAACAUGUAAUGUGCAUGGAAUGAUUGAUCCUCUCCAGUCCUUCCACAGACGGCUCUCUUUGGAGGUGGUUUCCCAGAAAACUAUCUCAGAGUUAAAGACUUUUGAACUUUUUUUUUUUUGUAAUACUAAAACCAAACGUCCUUGGCAUUAUUACAGAGAAUGGAAAACUUUCAAAAUAGGUGGAAGAAAUGUUUCACAUGAAUAAAAAGAAUACAGAACAGGUGAGCAUUACUGUAUGUUACAGUUGUAUUUAAUUUUAUGUGCUUGCAAACAAUAAUUGUGAAAAGCAAUGGGUGAGAAAGUGCAGUACAGCAGAGGAACAGUCCUGUUUAUGUAUUCUUGUUCACUGUUCCUAAUUCGAUUUGUUGAUUGGUUACAUUGGUUUAAUUUUGUUUUUUAUU